CGGUCAGCGGGCCGGCGCGCCAGCGGCAGCGGCAGCAGGCACGGGCGGCCGCAGCUGACGCACGGCGUGGAGUACUGUUCCGAUGGCUGUGAACAUCACUGCUGGAACCACGUCGGAUCUUUUAUCGGUGAUGCCAAAUUCAGACAUCUUCGGUCAGGCAAUUUUCGCCUCCUUCAACAGUUCGGAGAUGACGGAUUCACUGGACAGAAAUGUACGGCUGAGAUUUGGUAGUUACCCGUAUUCUGCCGCCACCCGACACCCCCCGGUCUGCACGACUUCCGCGCCGACCUCUUCCAACAGCAGCCGCAGUCCACCACUGACGCCAUCAGUGACCGCCUUCUGCCGCACUCGCAGCCUGUGGACUUAGAGUGCCUAUGGCGGCCGGUCACAGAAGAGGUCGCUGCUUCCUUGCCACCCAGGGUUCUGCGCCGGGCCUGGACGGCCUAACUCCAGCCGAGCCGCACCGCCUGCCGCGCGACGUGCUGCUGAAAAUUAUGAAUCUCCUCCUUCUUGCGCGAGCACUCCUUCCCUCCUCAAAGCCCGGACCACCUUACUCCCCAAAACGGCUGCACCAGAAUCCCCCGCUGACUUUCGUCCCAUCACAGUAUGCUCGGUGCUGGCGAGGACUUUCCACAAGGUCCUGGCCUCGCGCCUGAUGCGUCUGUGUGCUGUGGACGAACGUCAGCCUGCCUUCAUCCCUCGGGACGGGAUGCUGGAAAAUACGUUCAUCCUCGACCACGAUGCAGUCCGCUCCCGCCGCUCUGUCUUUGUUGCGUCUCUCGACGUGUCUAAGGCGUUAUUCCCUCGAGCAUGCUGCUCUACCCCCUGUGCUGAAAGCGCAUGGUCUUCCGACCGAAUUUGCCGACUACGGCGAGAGCUGCUACAAGGGCAGCACGACGGUGAUAGUAGGCGGUGGCGGCGUGGGCAUGGCCGUGCAGCCGUCAAGGGGUGUCCGUCAAGGGACCCACUCUCUCCCCCCUCCUUCAAUAUGGCCGUCUAUAGUAUGCUUAACACCUUGCCUUCCCACAUAGGAGCCCGGAUUUUAGGUCGCAAGAUCAACGAUGCAGCCUUCGCUGACGACGUCCUGCUGUUCGCAUCGACGAAGAGGGGCCUACAGUCCCUCAUUGACGCAGCCACAGCAGCCCUCGCCCAUAUGGGGCUGCAAAUCAACGCGCGAAAGUUUCAUCCUCGCCUGAGUGGCCUCCGGCCGCGAGAAGAAGGUGAACGUGGACGACACCAUCACCUUCACAGCCGGCAACGCCACCAUGCCGACCCUAAGACCCCGAUACCUGGGGCUGCAGUUCUCCUCUUUUAGUCGGUGCCUGUUCCAUCCUCGCCGCCAUCUGCAGUAGUUGGACGUCAUCUCCCGGGCCCCUUGAAGCCGCAACAGCGCCUCUACGCCCUCGUCCACGUGCUGCUGCCGGGACUGUAUCGUGGGCUUGCCCUCAGCCGCACACGGAUCGGUGCCCUGAACGCCACGGACACCGCAGUGCGAGCAGCUCUCAGAAGACGGUUCCGCCUCCCAGCAGACACCCCCUUGGGCUACUUCCACUCUCCUGUAGCCCACGGGGACUUUGGCAUUCCAUCUGCCCGCUGGAUGGGCCAUACUCUGCUGCGGGGCCGCCUCCCGACACUGCAGAUGAUGGGGCCAGCUGUGGACGACGCGGGCCUGCGCGAGGUACAGCACGAGGUCGCGGCGCUCGAGCGGCACUUAACGUCGGAAGGCCACAUCCUCACGACGUCGGAGUAGGUCGGGGACAUGUAGGCAGCUCGCCUACACGUCGCCUUCGGCGGUGUGGCCCUCUGAGUCUGCCGCCAUCCGGGGGCAGCACCAGUGGGUCACCGAUACCAGUCGUCUUCUCUCUGGGUACGACUUCAUUUAUGCCAUCCGCGUCCGCAUCAAAUCCAGGCUUGCAGACAGACGCACGGGUCCCGCAUGAAACGUCACGACGCCGUCGUGAAGUACUUCGCGCGUGGACUCGUGCAAAGGGGCUUAAAUGUCUCAGUGGAGCCUCAUCUUCGAACACCAGAAGGCCUCCACAAGCCUAAUAUCGUCGCGGUCAAAGACGGCCAGUCCCGAAUCGUCGACGCCCAGAUAGUCGGGAGACCACCUCCGGCUCGUCUGGUGUCACCAGCAGAAGGCGGCGAAGUACAACACGCCGUCCAUCAGGUGAGCUGUCCUCGAACUCCGUCCCGGCAUCCAGAGCGUCGUAUAUUCGGCGGCCAAUCUGAACUGGAGAGGAACCUGGUCCCCACAGUCCGCGAGAGACCUCCUGAAGCUGGGCCUCAAGGUGCGGGAGUUUGCUGUCAUCUCUUCCAGGCUGCUGACGUCGUGCUGCGCAUCGUUCAAAAUCUUUGAGGGUAUGACGGCUCACCGCCCGAUCCCCGGGGCUGGCGUUGGGUAGAGCGCUGGUUCUCUUCUCUCCCUGACUCAUGGGGUCUACCACAGGAGCAAUACCAGUCUAUAUUCCUCUUUCUUUCUUCAUUUCGUUAAAUUUAUUUUCUAUUAUAUACAUACUGAGGUGUUACGCCCAUUGUAACCCUCCACUCCGGUGGAGUACGGCGUGGUUCAAACAUCUGUAUACCUUUUGACUCGUGUAUGUGUUAUUCCAAUGGAAUAAAGACGGCUUUAAAUAACCA